AUGAAUCCUUCUCCACAUCCUUCUGCUACUGGGCUGUCUGGUCGGGAAGACAAUGCGACGCCCUUGAACCCAAAUCUCGAUUCGGAUAUAUUUUCUACAGAUCGAUUUGCUUCGGCGACGGAUAUGUCUUCCGACAUCGAUCGCCGUUUACAUAACGUGGGCGUUGCGGCUCUGGCUGCUGUGUCCCAGUACCCGCGUGCGGUGGAUAAUGCGCACGGGGAUUCUUUCAUGGUGUCCGAAGUCGUCAACGCUGUUACGAGUGCUGGUAGUCCUCCAGAUUAUCGACAUUUGGACUCCGCGGGUUCGUUGCUGCCGGGACACAGAGGUCAUUUUCAACAAUCUGGAAUGGGAGGAGCCCCUGCGGCCGGACCGGCGUUUGUCUUUGGUGCGAACCAGAGUGGCGACGUCGACAUGGAGACGGUUGUCCGGAACUUGAUUCACCGCACCGCCGGCCGGCAAAAUAUCGCCAGCGCUCCGGCCAGUGACAUGGAGGAUGCUCAGAAGGAUACGGUUGGAGAUUACGAGUCCGCUACAAUGGAAGAUAACCCGUCGCCCUCGUCGACGUCCGAUGAUGAGCUUGAGGACUUUCUCCGUUUUUAUCCAGACGAAGAGGAGUAUUACUACCAGCGCAAGGAACGGCCGACGCAUGAAGCCGAAAUGCCUGACUGCGAUCUGGAUGAUUUUUAUAACAGUAUCAGUUAUGACGAUAUUGAUGUUGAUCCCCAAACCGUCGGAUUAUCUGUUACAGAACCUUUGGGGAACUACACCGACGAUCAAAUGGAAUUCGCUGGACCACACCCCGCAUCUAUAAUCCACACUUCCACAUACGAGCGAAAUUUCACUAUUGAUGAAUUCAUCCAGCGCUGGAUGGUCUCAAUAAACGUCAUUCCACAAGGCUUCCAUUCAGAAAGUCGAAUCCCACCACAGCUCCGUCCGCUGUCAAAGAUGAUUAGCUGGAAACCCCCUCAGGAGGUUUUCCGGCCAUCCGGAUGGAGACGUGAUUUUUAUGAUCUGCAGCAGAUCCCAUGGACAGAAACCUUGCGAGUGACACGGUCCGAUGCACGAGCCGUGCGCGACGCCUGGUAUACUUCGUAUCACAACUUGGAUUACUCCCACAUCAGCCAUGCAAAUCGCCUUCCACAAAACGAAACGUUUUUCCGCGAGAGCUCCAUGCACACUUCGUAUAAAGCGUCCAUCGAGCACUUCCAACUCCGCAAUCUGAUGUCGACGCCGGCAUCUAAUACCGUCCAUUUCGCCUCCAGCUCCAAAGUAUUUUCCUGGACCCCAACAACCGGCGACGCACGCUGUAUAAUCGACAUGAGCCAACCAGACCCGGAAGCAGGCUUCCUCAGUCCCGUCAAAAUCUCCACCAUGAAAACAGCGCACGGCCUCACAAUCGCAGGUGGGUUCUGCGGCGAAUAUGCUCUACGCAGCACAAGCGGCUCCAACCCCGGCAUAAAAGGCCUCGUAACCCCGGACUUCAACGACGGCAUCACCAACCACAUCGACAUAAUCCCCAACCGAACAGGCCCCUCCCCAACCGGCGUCUUCGCCUCCAACGACAAACACCUCCGCAUCCUCGACACAGAAACAAACAUCUUCACUUCCGACCAAGAACUCUCCCAACCAAUAAACUGCACCGCCACAUCCCCAGACAGCCGUCUCCGCGUCGUAAUCGGCGACUCACCAGACGCAUGGGUCAUCGAAUCCGACACAGGCCGUCCGGUCCACCCCCUCCGCGGCCACCGCGACUUCGGCUUCGCCUGCGCCUGGUCCCCUGACAUGCGCCACAUAGCAACAUCCAACCAAGACAAAACAGUCAUCAUCUGGGACGCGCGCACCUGGCGUCCACUUGAAACCAUCGAGUCCGACGUCGCGGGAUACCGCUCGCUGCGCUUCUCCCCUGUCGGUGGUGGCCCACGCACUCUCCUAUGCACCGAACCUGCGGAUCGGAUUUCUAUUGUUGAUGCGCAGCUCUUCCGCUCGAGACAGGUGCAUGAUUUCUUUGGGGAGAUCGGUGGUGCGGAUUACGCCCCUGAUGGCGCUGAGAUCUGGGUUGCGAAUACCGAUCGUCAUUUUGGUGGGUUUAUGCAGUAUGAACGUCGUCAGUGGGGGCAGCGCGUUGGUUUGACGGAUUUGCCGUCUGAGUGGGUUACUGAGGAGGAGUUGGAGGUUGAUUCGAGGUGUGUUUUGAGUAAACGGGAGAGGGGUUUGAGGUUUUUGAGGAAUUUGUCGGAUGAGGAGCAUGAUGAGUUGAUUCUUUGA